AUGCCUGAAUCGUGUGAUGAAAUAGUCAUUGAUGGGAUUCCGGUGAAGGAAAUCAACCUCCAGGAAACUCGACGAUGUAUAUCCGUCCUUGGCCAAAGUCCAGUACUGUUUAAUGGAUCACUGAGGAAAAAUCUGGAUCUUGUUGAGCAGUUUACAGAUGCAGAUUUAUGGCAAGUUCUACAAGAUGUGCAACUGAAAGAAUCAGUGAAAAGUCUUCACGGGCAACUUGAUCACGAACUGUUGGAAAAUGGUGCAAAUAUCAGUGUUGGAGAACGACAGUUGAUUUGUUUGGCCCGUGUGCUGUUGCAACGAAACAAGAUCAUCGUCUUGGAUGAGCCCACUGCAAAUGUAGAUCCAGAAACAGAAAAAACAAUCUUGGGCGUAGUGCGUGAAAAACUGAGAGACUCUACGGUCAUCACUAUAGCUCAUCGAUUGAACACCAUCAAAGAUUGUGAUAAAAUUUUACUUUUGAAACGUGGAACGGUAGCAGAGUUCGACAAAUUUGACACUUUGGUGAACACAGAAGAAAGUGAGUUGCGUGAAAUGGCGCGAAUUGCAGGUUCCAAAACAACGUAACUUCAAAUAGCCUGUUAACUAUUUCUCAGCCACUUUCUGUAAUUCUUUUAUUAGCUAUCUUAUGUAAGCACGUUUUGUUCGCAAUAUACUGAACUUUACCAGCUGGUUUUUUGUAUUUUAAUUAUUUGUGGCUGGUGCUACUUUACCGUAAAGAAGUGUUCCUCACUGUUUGUCACAUUGAUUCGUAUCAGAAAGAUCGCUGUUUAAGUAUACUCGUCAACCAGUAUCAAGAGAGCUGCAGUAGCGGCUGGAAUA